GCGCGAGAGCGAGACCUGCGGAGACAACGCGCCGGAUCCUGAAGCGACCGUUACCCUCCAACAGGCGACCUGCCUUUCUCCUUCCCGAUUUCCCUCACAGUGUUCCUCACACAUUAGCCCUUUCCUUCAACGCUGCCACACUUUUUGGUUUAUCACAGGUGUAUUUGCGCGCCUUUGACGUACUUUUCUCACUCAUUGGGAAUUAACGGACAUCUGAGGAUCGUGUGGAUGCGCGGCUUUGGAAAGACGCGAAGAUGGAAUUGCUGAUAAUAUGCCUUUCUUUUGGAAUAUUGCAGUGCAGUUCGGUGGGAGCCGACUCCAUCAUUCACAUCGGUGCCAUUUUUGAGGAGAACGCGGCACGGGAUGAUGAGGUGUUUCAGUUGGCGAUCUCUGACCUCAGCCUCAACGAUGACAUUUUGCAGAGCGAGAAAAUCACCCACUCCAUAAAAUAUAUCGAGCCCAACAACCCCUUUCAGGCAGUGCAGGAAGCAUGCGAACUGAUGACGCAAGGGAUCCUGGCUUUGGUCACGUCUACAGGCUGUGCUUCAGCCAGUGCUCUACAGUCCCUGACAGAUGCCAUGCACAUACCACACCUUUAUGUCCAGCGAAAUGCUGAAGGAUCACCCCGUACAGCCUGCCAGCUCAAUCCAAGCCCUGACGGAGAACGAUACACCCUUGCAGCACGACCGCCUGUCCGUCUAGGUGAUGUCAUGUUGACUCUAGUUGGUGAGCUGCGAUGGCAAAAGUUCAUCGUCUUCUAUGACAGCGACUAUGAUAUCCGUGGACUUCAGGUGUUUCUGGACCAGACAUCAAGACAAGGUUUGGAUGUGUCUCUGCAGCGAGUGGACAGGAACAUUAGCGGUGUGUUUUCCAGUUUGUUUACCUCGAUGCGCACAGAGGAGCUGAACCGUUACAGGGACACUCUCAGAAGAGCUAUCCUGCUUUUGAGUCCUCGUGGAGCCCAAGUCUUCAUCCAUCAGGCCGUGGAGACUAACCUGGCCUCCAAAGAUAGUCACUGGGUGUUUGUGAACGAGGAGAUCAGUGACACAGAGAUUCUGGAGUUGGCUCACAGUUCCCUGGGAAGGAUGACGGUUGUCAGGCAGAUUUUUCCUUUGUGGAGGGACAGCAGUGUGAGCUGUAUGAGGAACAACCAUCGCAUCUCAUCACUGCUCUGUGACCCUCAGGAGGGAUACCUGCAGUCGCUGGAGGUGUCCAAUCUGUACCUUUAUGACAGCGUGUUGAUGUUAGCCAACGCAUUCUACCGGAAAUUAGAAGACCGGAAAUGGCACAGCAUGGCCAGUCUCAACUGCAUCAGGAAGUCCACCAAGCCAUGGAAUGGAGGCUGGUCCAUGCUGGAGACGAUCCAGAAGGGUCAUAUAACUGGCCUCACUGGGAUUAUGGACUUCAUGGAAAAUGGAUCAAAUUCGCAUGUUCAGUUUGAAAUUUUGGGAACCAGCUUCAGCGAGACGUUUGGAAAAGACAUAAAACGCUUAGCAACAUGGGAUUCGGUCCAUGGUCUCAACGGAAGCCUAAAGGAAAGUCGCAUUGAAAAUGGCAUGCAAGGGGUGACCGUGAAAGUAGUGACGUUGCUGGAGGAUCCAUUUGUGAUGGUGGCAGAGAACAUCCUCGGGCAGCCAAAACGAUACAAAGGAUUCUCCAUUGAUGUCCUUGAUGCCUUGGCCAAGAUCCUAGGGUUCAAGUAUGAUAUCUACCAGGUGGCAGACAGCAAAUAUGGUUCUCAGCUGUCAAACGGCUCUUGGAAUGGAAUGAUCGGGGAACUCAUAAACAAGAGAGCUGAUUUAGCAGUGUCUGCCAUAACAAUAACACCAGAGCGAGAGAAUGUCGUAGACUUCAGUAAGCGCUACAUGGAUUACUCCGUUGGGAUCCUACAUCGCAAGCCUGAGGAAAAGAUCAACAUUUUCUCCCUGUUUGCCCCAUUUGAUUUGGCUGUGUGGGCCUGUAUUGCAGCUGCCAUUCCUGUGGUGGGCGUCCUGAUCUUCCUGCUGACACGGAUGCAGAUGCUCCGCUCCCAGAAUCCUCCAGGAGCCCAUCAUGCUUCAUCCAUGUCUAACUCAUUGCAUAGUGCUAUAUGGAUUGUCUAUGGCGCCUUUGUACAACAAGGUGGAGACUCAGUGGUGGGGUCUGUGGCGCUGAGGAUAGUCAUGGGGAGUUGGUGGUUGUUCACACUGAUUGUGUGUUCGUCUUACACUGCAAACCUGGCUGCAUUCCUGACUGUGUCCCGCAUGGACAAUACUAUAAGAACAUUUCAGGAUCUUGCAAGGCAGAUGGACUUUGCUUAUGGCACCGUUAGAGACUCUGCAGUGUACGAUUACUUUAAAGCCAAAGGCACAAACCCACUGGAGCAAGACAGCACAUAUGCAGAGCUGUGGAGGACAAUCAGCAAAAAUAAUGGACAGGACUUCUCAGUUUCUAGCCCUUCUGAAGGCAUCCGCAAGGCCAAAAAAGGACCUUACGCAUUUCUGUGGGACAUGGCUGUGGUGGAAUAUGCAGCACUCACAGAUGAUGAUUGUACCAUCACUGUAUCGGGCAACAGCAUGAGCAGCAAAGGCUAUGGCAUCGCCAUGCAGCAUGGGAGUCCUUACCGAGACCUCAUAUCACAAAAGAUUCUGGAGCUGCAGGAAAAAGGAGACCUGGAUGUUUUGAAGCAAAAGUGGUGGCCUCGGACAGGACGGUGUGACCUCAACAGCCACAGUAACGCCCAACCGGAUGGUCGCUCGCUCAAGCUGCACAGCUUCGCUGGCGUCUUCUGCAUCCUAGCAGCAGGACUCCUGCUGGCCUGCCUGGUGGCCGCACUGGAAAUGUGGUGGAACAGCAAUCGCUGCCGGCAAGAGCAGCCCAAAGAGGUUACUAAGGAUUACAGACUGGCAAGGGUUUCUGGUCCAUUGACAUAUAAUGAUAUUGCUACUGCUUCAUCGGAGGGGAGCAAGGACAUUUGGACAGACAGAGAAGAGACUGGGAUGAAGCAGAAGCUAUUGACACAGGACAAGGAGGUGAACCUGGAACAGGUGCAUCGGCGUUUGAACAGUCUUAUGGACGAGGACAUGGCACACAAGCAGAUCCCCGCACCAUCUAUCGAGAUCUCUGCCCUGGACAUCGGCAGCAUGCCACCCAGCCAGCAGCGGGAGGCUGUGCGAGACUACCCGGGCACGGGCCUGUCUGUGAGCACCUUCCUCCCGGAGCAAGCUCAUGGGGUGGGCCGGACACUGAUCCAGGGUCCUGGCAGCACCCUGCCCCUUCCUCUCAGCAGCUCCACCAUCCCCUCCAUCCAAUGCAAACACAGGGCUCCCAACGGGGGCCUCUUCCGACAGAGUCCAGGCAAGACACCCAUGCCAAUGUCCUACCAAUCAGUACCAGGAGGACCCAUCCCAGAAGCUAUUGAGCAUAGCACGUCCAUCUAAUGCCAUCGUCACCAUGGGUUGCCUCAUACUUGCUUUUCAAAGAAAGCUGAGGUGCGGUUGGAAAACUGGAAAACUGUGGCAGUGUAAAAAGAGUUUAAAAGAAAACGAAGAGUAAAAAAAAUACGUAGAGAUUUUUAAUAUGAAAUCAAAAAAAUAAAAACAUGGAAAUCAUUUUUUUUUCUUGUACAUAUUUGUAAAUACUGAAAGAGCAAAGUAAGUAAAAGUGUAUUUUGAAUAUUCUCAAUUUUUGAAGUUGAGUUACAAAAACAAAUGAACAAAAAAAAGGACUUAUAAAAAUAAUUCCAAACGACUGUUUGAAUGGCUUUGUGAAUUUUGUUCUCUAUGGGUAAAGACUCAAAUUCAUUGUGAUUGUUUUCUAAGUGCCGAAAUAAAAGAUGUCUCUCCACGUUUUGUUAUUAGAUGAUCAUACACGGCUGUAGGAACUCGAAAGCUGAGCGCUAAUAAUUAUGCACCCCUUUUACAGUCAGAAACUGUCUUCAAACAAACAAACAAACAAUGAGGUGAUUUGAAUUCUGAUCCAUUCUAUGGUUUGUUUGUUGAUUACUGAUGAAGCUUUAUGUGUUUGAACUGAGCUGAUGAUGAUGUUAAUGGAUUUACAGAACAAGCAAAUCUAAUCAUUUCAAAUCUGAAAUAGCAAAGCAAUGACGUGUGGAAAGUCAUCACAGGCAAACUGGAACUUUGUAAUCAUAGCAACUGCACUGACAGAAUUCAUUUUAAGAAUGUUUAUUUUAAUUUAAGGGCAUUUUCAUAUAAAGCAGAACAUUAUCAAUCUGUGAGCACAACCUCAGACAUAACAGAACAGUGUAACUUUAACUUGUUGCACAUUUCACUAAAUUAUCUGUUGUGAAAAGUUAUUACUGUUUUAUAUGGCAAAACAUUUUUCACAGCACAUCAUUCUGAAUAUAUACAUGUAUACAGUCAGAUCCAUAAAUAUUGGGACAUUGACACAAUUCUAACAUUUUUGGCUCUAAACACCAACACAAUGGAUUUGAAAUAAAACAACUUGUGCUUUAUCUGCAGACUGUCAGCUUUGAGGGUAUUUAUAUCCAAAUCAAGGGAACGGUGUAGGAAUUACAACAGUUUGUAUAUGU